CUAGAACAAACCACCUUCAAAAAUAAGCUGACGAGUAAACAAAGGUUAGCUGGCGCUACUUUGACAUCAACACCGUCAACAAGAUGCCACCCGAGACACAGCCUACACAGAAACGGCGCAGACUGCCGUUCAAAUCUCCAAGCCGGGCCUCCGCAUCCGCCCCAGCCCCAGCAGCAGCAACAUCGUCAUCAUCAUCCAAGCCCAGAUCCAAAGCCACCACCACAGCAUCCUCGAAUUCCACUAAACCCAACCCAACACGCAAGAACACCACCACAGCAUCCUCCUCCAGAACCCGCCAACCCACCACCUCCAAGCCUACCAAAAAAGCCACCCUCCCCCCACCUCCUCCCUCCGACACAGAACCCUCCGCCUCCGACGCAGAAGCGAACCCCUCCAACCCGCGAAACAAACGGCGAAGAACAUCCCCCACCCGCUCGAACUCAACCUCCCCGACGCCUUCCGCGUCUGCCUCCCAAACCUCCACCACCUCCAACAAUAACCACAACAAUGACACCAAUACCCCGGCCUCCCCCUCCCCGGAACCCGAACCCGACUACAUCCUCGCGGAGAUCACGCACACCACCGACCCCGCCGACGACAUCGUCACGCGCGAGCCCGUCAUCCCCGCCAAGCUGCUGACGCGGCUGCUGCACCACCACUUCCAGCACCCGAAGACCAAGAUGGCCAAGGACGCCAACACGGUCGUCGCCAAGUACGUGGAUGUGUUUGUGCGGGAGGCGCUGGCGCGGGCCGCGUUCGAGCGCCGCGAGGCCGUCGGCGAGGGCGCUAGUGUUGGAGAUGGGUUUCUGGAGGUUGAGGAUCUCGAGAAGUUGGCGCCGCAGCUUGUUAUGGAUUUUUAGUGGAAUUUCGGUAAGGAUGGAGUUUAGGGGUUGGUUUGGGGUUCUACGGGCUUGUGAUGCGAGAUACCUGAUUUUGUUUGAUAUCCUUCUGUUGUAGAGAACCUUGGGACUAGCGAAG